AUGGCUGCAAGAAACCGCAAGAAUUUUAAGAGGCAACAAAACAACACAGGAGGUACUACCUUGUGCUUUUUUUCGUCUAUUCUCGUGCAGCAUUUAGAGUAAAUAUAUCGAUUCUCAUGUCAUUGUGUUUCAUGUAAAAGUUGAGUUUCAUGAUCGGUUUGAUACGUUUUCUUUUCUAAUGGUCCAGUUGAGGAUGCACAGUGAAAUUUUGACAUUUAUGAUAGAAUAUCCAAACAAGUUUAGAAUACAUUGAGCUCACAUUCGAUUUUCGACUUGUAAGUACCUAUUACCUGAAAGCUUUAACAGCACAAAUCUUUCUUAAGGUGAAUUUUUUCUGAUUGAUUAAAAUUAUUCACUAGCCGCAGAUCUGAGUGUUUCUAAGGAAGACCUCAUGGCCAGUAUUCGAAGGUUGGAAGCGCAGUUAGCUCAGGAGAAGUUUUUCCACGAGAAAUCUAAGGCUGAACAGCAGCAAGAGAUAAAGGUAAAAUGUAUUGAGUUUGAUUCUUACUUCAGUUUCCAUACCACUGUUUCAUUAAGUAUGGCCGCACAGAAAUUGUAUCUACAAUUAGUCACUCCCUCAAGAGAACUGCCAGUAUAAUGCGGGAAAAAUGCAACAUCAGUCCCCAUGAGAUUUUAACCUGGGCCUAUUUGUUCGAAGGCCGAUUAGCACUAACCCAGGAAUUUGUCAGUAUAUGUAUUAUUUAGGGCAUAAAACUUCUGUAUUAUAAGUAUCUGGGCAACUGCCCACCUACCCCUCCCCUAACCCAACAUUAACCCUAACUUGUUAUCGAUCGACUGUUGUUGACUUAGGGGAGGGGUAGGUGGGCAGUUGCUCAGAUACUGAUAUUGAUCCAAACUUCUCUACUGAAUUCUCUUAAUUUCUUACACCUUUCAGAUUCUUAACGGAAAAGUUAAGAAUUUGGAAAGUCAAAAGAAAGCUCUUUGGGUCAAGUUGGAAAAGAAUCCGCUUGAACAGCUUAACAAGUUGCAAAGAGAGCUCAAUGAUACAAAGAAAAAACUGGAUGAAGCAAAUCAAAAGAUAGCUGUAAGUAUAACGGUCCCUGGGCACAUCUUUUUUUCCAGAGAUUUGCUCAAAAUGGUUGAAGGUUUUAGGAGCAGAGAUCGUGCAGCACUUAUCUUCCAGCAUCUCUUUACAGUCGUCUUUUCACGCAUCAGAUAUAACCUGUGUAACAAAUUUUUAUUUUUCCUUCCUUCGAAAUGAAUUCAAAUAAAGAAAACAAAAUGUUUAAUGUAUCUGUGACACGUAAUUUAACAUGACUGAAUAAUUUCAUUAUUAUGUUGGAAACAGAACCUCAAUAAACAGAUGGAAAAGCUAUCGCGAUCCAAUAAAGAAAUCCAGAAGGCGAAGGAGAAAGUUACUGAAGAGUUUUUAGAAAAGAUCCAGCAAAAGAACUCCAAGAUUCAUAAGCUUGAGGUCAGUUAGUUUGAUUUGGGCUGGAAUGGGAAAUAAACCUCCAUUUCCGCGUAUAACUAAAAAGCAAUUUAGUGAUCAGAGCCUUGAUUGUCUGUCUCUGCCUUAAUAUUUUCUACUGCUUAGAGAAAUUGACAAUCUACCCUCGAACAUCUUCUGAUUUUUAGUAAUUAACUUUUCAUGAGAUUUCUUUCUGUACGUCAAUUGUUUCGUUUUCAGGUAAAAAUUAGAGAUUUGAAAACAACUAAUUUUGAUGUCCAAAUUCAAGAAUCUCCUGCCAAGAGUGAUUCCCUGAAGGUAAAAUAUAUAGUAGAUGGGUCUCGUUUUUUUUUAAUCAUUUGGAAUUGAUCAUUUCAGUAGUUACUGCUUACUACUUUGUUAUUGCCGUUACUGCUUCAGGGGUCUGGGGAGAGGAAAAAAGGAAAGCGCGCUGGGAACGAUGGGAAGAUCAAGGAAGAGGAAAGCCUCCUGAAAUUCUUCACUUUUUCUGUUGCCCCCUCCGCGCACUCUUUUCCAUUCAUAAUUCAGACAUGUCAUGAAAAAUGUUGUCGUUUCAUCUAUGAUCUUAAUCUCAUGACCAUAUUUUCACGCGUAAAUGCACAUGGUGUGAUAAAUUCAAACCUGACAUUGUAGAAUUCCUCCGAGACCGUGUGUCUUUUUGGAUGUAAUGAAUAGAAAGAGUAAGUUUCUAAAGAAACAGAGUAAAAGGGAGAGUAAAACAGAGUAAUUUAGUAUUAUCACCCGAGUUGAUAAUGUAAAUUGAAGGGCUAACGCUCGAAUCGUCAGCUUUUAAACUCGUCACGGUGGCCAAUUUACGUUAACAACUCAGUUGAUAAUUGUUUUUGGAUGUAAGCUUGCAUCUUAUGUUGUUAAAUAAUGUCUUGUUGCUUAGUUAAGUGACACUACCGAGAAGUCAGAAAAUUGGGAAGAAGAUCUAGAGAUUCAACGAGAGGAAGAAAAAGAACAAAAAGUGAGCGAUGUAUAUGUAAUAUGUAAAAAUUAAAUUAGAUUCAAUCAGAUUAAAAUCAAAUUGUUCACUCCGACCAAUCAGAAUAGAGAAAAAUAUUACCUUCGUAUGGAGCCAGUGGCGCGAAUUUCUUUAGCCAAUCAGAAAGGGCAGCAAAGCAAAAUGAAAAUCAUACAAAUUUUAUAUCACGUUGAACCCUUGGUUUCCAAUGACGGACUACUUGAUAACAGCCUCAUAGCCAAUUGGGUGUAUCGCUUUUAUUUUUCACCACAUUUCUACAUUUUUUUUCAUUUAUGCAUUUUUAACGCCAUCAAGCAUUAAAGAUUGUUUCACAGGGUCCAUUCGCUCGGAAUCUUGACAAUCAUUUCUCGUGUUCAGUUUGGCGUCAUUUACACAAUAUUCACUGCGCUUUUUAAACACGAACUUCAAAUCAUAUUCAUAUGUGUUUUACUGCAUCUUUCACAAUUCAAAGGUGACAUCCGAAAGAUAUGAAAAAACUCAGACAGAGCCUGUGGAAACUUGCACUGUGAACUUCUUUCCAUCUAUUCACACCGCGGUUGCUAAAAACAAGGAAGGUCAUGAUUCCAGUCAGCAAGCCCAUCAAGGGAACGAGACGACCUCGAUGAAUUACUGGGCAAGUUCAUGCGCAAGCCUAGAGGAACAACCUCCACCAAGUGAGGAAAACAUUCUAGAGAACAAAGGCGAGGAUGUCGCACAAGAUUCUGUUGAAAAAAUUGACGAGUGGACUAUGACAGACAGAAAUGAGAAUAGGAAAAGCAACUGCGCGGAAGAUCACAUUUCCUCGACAACCUCUGGCACGAAUCAACAAGAGCGCACCGCCAACUGCAAUAGUACAUACAUGAGGCGUCUUAGGAAUUUAUAUACAAAGAUGGGCCUCGGAUCGAAGGCAAAUGCGGCUGAAGACAUCGCUGGAGCAUGCUUACAAGUUCCUGUGGAAUACUUAAAGAUGAUGACUACAAAUAAACGACCUCCACCCGGCUUUCACCCUAACGAUAUUGGUUUCACUCCCAUGGCGAGUUUAUCAAAUAACAUCUUGUACUUUGUUCCAGUACAAACUGUUAACAACUUCCAUUAA